ACUGGCGGUGGGCGGGCUUUGCUCUCCAGCUCUCCUGUACUGCCUGAGGGCCGCGGAAGCUGCACUCCAGGCAGAGAGGAGGGUGUUGUCAGCGUUUAGGAAGCUCAGCGUUAAUAAAAGCAUCCAUGGAGAACACUGAAAACUCAGUGGAUUCAAAAUCCAUUAAAAAUUUGGAAACAAAGAUCUUCCAUGGAAGCAAAUCAGUGGACUCUGAAAUAUCCUUGGACAGUAGUUACAAAAUGGAUUAUCCUGAGAUGGGCUUAUGUAUAAUAAUUAAUAAUAAAAACUUUCAUCCAAGCACUGCAAUGGCAUCUCGGUCUGGUACAGAUGUAGAUGCUGCAAACCUCAGGGAAACAUUCAGGAACUUGAAAUACGAAGUCAGGAAUAAAAACGAUCUUACACGUGAAGAAAUUUUGGAAUUGAUGCGCAAUGUUUCUGAAGAAGAUCAUAGCAAAAGGAGCAGUUUUAUUUGUGUGCUGCUAAGCCAUGGUGAUGAAGGAGUUAUUUUUGGAACAAAUGGACCUGUUGACCUGAAAAAAUUAACAGUUUUCUUUAGAGGAGAUAAUUGUAGAAGUCUAACUGGAAAGCCCAAACUUUUCAUUAUUCAGGCCUGCAGAGGUACAGACUUGGACUGUGGCAUUGAGACAGACAGUGGUUUUGAUGAAGACAUGACAUGUCAGAAAAUACCAGUUGAAGCAGACUUCUUAUAUGCGUAUUCUACAGCACCUGGUUACUACUCCUGGCGAAAUUCAAAGGAUGGCUCCUGGUUUAUCCAGUCACUCUGUGCUAUGCUGAAACAGUAUGCUCACAAACUUGAGCUCAUGCGCAUCCUCACUCGGGUUAACUGGAAGGUUGCAACAGAAUUUGAGUCCUAUUCUCCUGACUCUACUUUUCAUGCAAAGAAGCAGAUUCCGUGCAUUGUGUCCAUGCUUACAAAGGAACUGUAUUUUAACCAGUGAAGAAAUGGUUGGUUUUUUAGAUUGUAAGCCAAGUGAGAAAAUGGUAUAACUCAUACUGUAUUUCCCUCUUUUAUUUAAGUCUAAUACUUCAGAUGGCUUUUUGAAACAUACCAUUUUCAUAGCAAUAGAACCCCCGUGAAGCUACCUCAAACUCAAAAUCAGGUAGAUGAAAUCGAAUUUAAUUAGGAAUAAAUUAAAAUGGAUAAUGUUGUAAUUGUUAUGAGAGGAAAUGAUCGUAAAUUUACAACUCUCAUAAUUAUCAAGUUUGAGUGAUACUAUGCUAUGAAUUUUCAAGUAAUUAUGAAAAAGUUACACACUGGAGUAAUGAAUUCUAAUAGUAUGCCCCACUUAAGACUAUGGGUUUUAGUUUUUCUCAAUCUAUAGAAAUGAUGAUGUGUAAUAAUAUAUCCUAGAACUUAAGGAUCUACUGGCAUGAUCAAAGGUUUGAAGACCUUUACUUUUUUUUUUCUUAAUAAUAUUUUAUUGUGUUUUAGGUGAAAGUUUACACAGCAAAUUAGGUUCCCCUUUAACAAUUUUUAUACAAAUUAUUCCGUGCCAUUGGAUACAAUUUUUAUGAUGUGUCAGCAUUCUCAUUAUUUUCAUUCUGUUUGUUCUGUUUCCAUUGAUCUAGCUUUCCUUCCCUUCCUUGCCUUCUCAUCUUUGCUUUUGGGUAGCUGUUGAUCGUUUGGUCUCAUAUAGUUAAUUGUCUAAGGGAGCACAUUACUCAUGGCUGAUAUUGUUUAUUUUAUAAGCCCAUCUAUUUGGCUGUAAAGAUCUUUACUUUUAAAACUGGUUAAUUGCAGUUUUAGCACAUUUACCUGAGUUCGUGGUUUUGUACUGUUUUGUCCUGAGCAUGUCUUUGUGGUUAAAAAAAAAAAAAAAUCAUGUUUAAUACUGAAAA